AUGAAGUACUCCUCUGUAGUCCAACUGGCGGCCUCCGUAUCGGUUGCUGCCGCCGCUUCCUCAACCACUUGCCCUCCCGCCUCAGUCUAUGUCUUUGAACCUCAACACAAACAACAAAAGACCGUCUCUAGCAACACCACCCCUCAACUUUCAAACAAACAAUCCCAAUUCCUCUUGGCUGACUUUCUCGGUACUUCUUCCCUCUACUCUUCCGCAGACAUUAAAGAUGAAUUCCCCUCAGACUUGGUCCACAAAUACAUUGCAUCCCUCACCAAUGCCAUGAAUGGCGAUACAUCCAACUCAAACCUCGCCACAGCAAUCGUCGUUAUCAAUGGCCUUCCUGACUCUCACACUCUUUUCCAGGAAUCCUCUCCUGAAUUUGAAAUUAAGGAGUCUCCUUCGCCAUCCUUUUUCCGCGCAUUUUUGGACCGCAUGUCCGGCGACAUGACCAAGGUCUCAGCUGCAACAAAGUCCCUCCAGCAGUCAGCAGACAAGGCCGUCUCAGUGGUAUCUAGUUUGGCUCACAAGAUUGAGGAGGCUGCUCUUAAGGGCCUCAAGGAUAUUGGAAUUUACAAGCGUCACCCCAUGAUGGGCGAUGCUAUGGGCCACAUGAUGGACUCCAUGAUGGAACAAUCCAGUGAGGACGACGAUGAAGACUGCAGCAGCUUUGCGGGCCAACGCUUGAAGGACGAUCUUGCUCGCUUGGAGACUCUUGCUUCCAAGGGCCUUGCCCCUGGUGAAAAGGCUCUUUUGCGUCUCGAGUCUCUUGACGUGAUGCUUCAAAACUCCAAGUACGCCCAGUCUUACGAAAAGGCUGUUGGCAAGAUUUCCAAGGCUAUUAACAACCUUGCAGACCAUGUUGAUGACGCCAACCUGCGCCUGAUGGUUGUUGCUGCUCCACGCGACGCGUGCACCAACAAGCAGGAGACUUUGUUGAAGCCAUGCUCUAGCAAGAGCGGUCUCAAGAAGCGCAGCAGCACACGCUCCACUAUUGUUGCCAAAUCGUUUCCCUCCAUUGAGGCCUGCGAGACUGCAACUGGCAACUGCACGGGCCAUGGUGCAUGCAUCAAGACUGGCACUGCACUUGACGGUGAGACUCCCGUGUAUGGCUGCGCAUGCCAGGCUUCUUACAAUGCUGACAAGAAGCAGACAACAAGAUAUGGCGGAGCAGCGUGCCAAAAGGUGGACAUUAGCGUGCCAACACAAAUGUUUUUGUGGAGUGGUAUUGCACUUGUGUUUGCUGGAGCUGCGGCAAUCAAGCUUGUCUACAGCAUUGACGCAGAGCCUCUUCCAGGUAUUCUUAACCUUGGCAAGAAGCCAACUACGAAUUAG